CGUGCUCUUCUUCGCCGGUGCCUUCGCAGUUGCUGGAUAAGAUGGUUUCCUUUGAGAUGAAUGACCUCAAGAAGAUUGGGCUAGGCCUGACAGGCUUUGGAGUAUUCUUCUCCUUCUUGGGAAUCGUUUUCUUCUUUGACAAGGGGCUUAUUGCGAUGGGCAAUAUACUCUUCCUGUCAGGUUUGGGUUUGACAAUUGGUCUGAAAUCAACUAUGCAGUUCUUCACAAAGCCUAAGAAUUACAAGGGUACCAUCUCUUUUGGUGCUGGCUUUUUCCUGGUUCUCAUUGGAUGGCCUUUCUUUGGCAUGCUCUUGGAGGCAUAUGGCUUUGUCGUACUCUUCAGUGGAUUCUGGCCAACUCUUGCAGUUUUCCUUCAAAGGAUUCCCAUCCUUGGCUGGAUUUUUCAGCAACCAUUUGUCACAUCGUUCCUUGACCGAUACAGGGGGAAGCGGGUGCCGGUGUAAUAUCCUCUCGCGCAAUGUUUCUUAUGAUGUAGCAAAUGAAGUUUCUUUUUCUUCCUUGGGGACAACAGUGAAUAGUUAUGCUAGUGUGGUCUUUUCUUCUACCCAUUUACUUACUGGUGGGACUGUUCUUUGUAAAUUACACCAAAUCCCUACCGACUGGUUUUGUCCAAGACCAAGAUGCAAGUUGUCUGAUAAUAUGGGUUGGAAAUACGUAGCUGUAGAGGAAUGCUCUUGAAGUAGAAGCUGUAUGAUGUGCUCUUUUUCUGAUUUGUACUUGUGUCAGCUUCAGAUAUGGAUAUUCCUCACUUAAGCUUAUGUUCCAUUUAUUUCUGCAUGCGCUUCAAUGAUGAAGAAAGGAAACGUGCUACAGAUGAAAUUAAUUCAUGACUCGUAUACAUCCCUGUUUCUCCA